AUGGCAAGCAGUUUCAAAGCUGCCACCCGCUAUGGCGCCCAAAGUGUAAUUCAGUUGGCUGGCUCCACCUCCUCCAUGAGUCGAACACUGCAGGCUAAUGGUCUCCGACGAUUUGCCCACCAGAGCCAAACGAUGCCUCCUACUUCGCCAUUUGCUCCCCGUCAUCUUCUCUCCAUUGCCGACUUGACCCCCGCGGAAUUUGCGACCCUGGUCCGCAAUGCCGCGUCACACAAGCGGGCCAUCAAGUCAGGCGCUAUUCCGCAAAGCCUGCUGGGAUCUAUGUCGGGGAAGACCGUCGCUAUGAUGUUCAACAAGCGAAGCACUCGUACUCGCGUGUCCACCGAGGCGGCUACUGUCCAGAUGGGCGGCCACCCCAUGUUCUUGGGCAAGGACGAUAUUCAGCUCGGGGUGAAUGAGUCGGUCUAUGAUACCUCCGUGGUCAUUUCGUCCAUGGUUUCGUGCAUUGUCGCGCGAGUCGCCAAGCACUCCGAUGUGGCCGAUCUGGCCAAGCACUCCUCAGUCCCCGUAAUCAAUGCGCUGUGUGACUCAUUCCACCCUCUGCAAAUCAUUGCCGACUUCCUCACCAUCUAUGAAAGCUUCACCCCCAAGGCACAUGGCUUGUCCAGCCUAGGCCUUGAGGGUCUGAAGAUUGCGUGGGUGGGUGAUGCCAAUAACGUUCUCUUUGAUCUGGCUAUCGGCGCAACCAAGAUGGGCGUUGACAUGGCUGUCGCCACGCCCCAGGGCUAUGAAAUUCCCAGCGAGAUGCUGGACAUCAUUCAGCGUGCUGGCGAGGGCGUCACAACCCCCGGGAAACUCACGCAAACCAACGUUCCCGAAGAGGCGGUCAAGGACGCCGACAUCCUGGUCACCGACACUUGGGUAUCCAUGGGCCAGGAGGAAGAGGCCAAGCAGCGCAUGAAGGCCUUUGAAGGCUUCCAGAUCACCAAUGAGCUGGCUCAGCGGGGUGGUGCCAAGGAAGGUUGGAAGUUCAUGCACUGCCUGCCUCGACACCCCGAGGAAGUCAACGAUGAGGUCUUUUACAGCCCGCGCUCCUUGGUCUUCCCCGAAGCCGAGAACCGCCUGUGGGCCGCGAUUGCCGCCUUGGAAGCAUUUGUUGUGAACAAGGGCAAGAUUGUGGAGUAA